ACUUGUCGACUACCAAAAUUUUACUUGUCAAUGUUGCAAGAAAGAGCCUCUGUGUCUGACCUGGAAUCCCGACCUUUAAUAAGCUGAUAUGAUUCUUGCUAUUUCUUCUUCAGGGGUCUGUCUCAAGCAGAGAUCAUCUACAUUCGCAGACGCAAAUGUGUUAGAAAAAUUGUUUAGAAAAAUUACUUUAAAUAUUUCUAGAGACUUUUAAGUUUGGUAAAACAUGAUGAUACGAUGGCGGACGAUAAAUUAUGGGCUCGGUAGUACGGUUGGAUUGUCUCAAAAUAUCAUCCGAGAUGUUGUAGUUUGGCUAUUACGUGAAUCUUCAAGAGCUAGAUCACUAUUUCCACUCUAAUUGGCUCAUUGUAGUGAAAAGAUUACAAAGGAAGUAGCUAUAAAGUUGGUCCAGUUUUCCUAGUCCGAUACAGAGGAAUUGGGAGCUUGUAAGGCCCCGAAGGACGGAAAGGAGGAUGGAAAAGCGUCCGGAAAACACCGGGCGCUGCUGACGAGCAACGACGAGACGCACGGAAGAGUGGACGAAAGGCGCUCGAAACGGGUUGCUGCUCCGUGCGAUCGAGCGAUUAAAAAAUGCAGCAACAGCCCCAGGGCCAGCAGCAACCAUCCGGCGCGCCGAAUGGCGUCGCCGGAGGGGCCCAAUUGCCUCAAGCAGGCGGGAUGAGCAGCCCCGGGCAAGCCGGGGCAUCAGGAGUCACCAUGCCCCAGGGUCCCAACAGGGUGGCGCAGGUGAACGGCGGCAGAUUCGACUUCGACGACGGUGGGACCUUCUGCGGAGGCUGGGAAGACGGCAAGGCCCACGGCCAUGGUGUUUGUACUGGUCCCAAAGGUCAGGGCGCCUACUCCGGAAGCUGGCAUUAUGGAUUCGAGGUCUCCGGUGUUUACACCUGGCCCAGUGGUUCAUUUUACGAGGGACAAUGGCAAAAUGGAAAACGACAUGGUCUCGGAAUGGAAACCCGCGGCCGUUGGCUUUAUCGUGGAGAAUGGACUGGGGGACACAAGGGUCGCUACGGCGUGAGACAAUCCACGACUUCCACUGCGAGAUACGAAGGAACCUGGGCAUCUGGUUAUCAAGAUGGUUACGGUUCGGAAACUUACGCAGACGGAGGUACUUUUCAAGGACAAUGGUUACGAGGGAUGCGACACGGUUAUGGAGUGAGAGCAAGUGCACCCUUCGGACUUGCGAGUCAUUACAAGCCCACGAAGCAAAUCAGGGCAUCCCUAACUUCUUUAAGAAGUGCAGAUGGAGGUCCUGCGUCGGCACCGACGCCAGAACCGACGGAUAAAAGAGACCGAAGGGUUGAUGAUAGCAGGGGAGGAUUUGUUCUGAAGGCCAGAAGUGAUGAUCCUCCAGCAAGGCGGAAGAGCUUAACAGAAAAAUCUCUAAAGAAAGGCAUCCUCUCGGGGUUGAAGAUAAGGAAACAAAGAAGUACAGGUGAUCUUGAAAAACGAGGUACAGGCGGUGGUAGUAUCAGAAGCAAUGCCAGCUCGACUUCCUGGAUGUCGACCGAAAGUUCUCAAAGCCAGGCUUCCGCGUCGGUUCAUACCGACAGUAACACGUCCUUCGUCAUCGAGGACGAGCAAAUGGAUGCCUCCGUAACCGAGACGUACCUCGGUGAGUGGAAAAACGACAAGAGGACCGGCUUUGGAAUCUCCGAAAGAAGUGAUGGCCUUCGAUACGAAGGCGAAUGGUUCAAUAAUCGCAAGUAUGGCUAUGGAGUGACGACCUUUCGCGAUGGUAGCAAGGAAGAAGGAAAGUACAAGAACAACGUUCUCAUAACGAGUCAGAAAAAGAAGCACAUGUUCCUUAUAAGAUCUGCCAAAUUCCGAGAGAGGAUAGAAGCUGCUGUAAACGCUGCUCAAAGAGCCAGCAAAAUCGCCCUUCAAAAAGCUGAUAUUGCCAUUUCAAGAACUGCAACAGCUCGCGGCAAGGCUGAACUUGCAGACAUCGCUGCUGAACAUGCUCGAGAGGAUUCUGAAUUGGCCCAAACGACAGCCCGUCAAUUUGCUCCAGACUUCCGGCAACCGGGUUUGGAAAGGUUAAAAAAUCGAGAAAUUCCCAGGUACGUGCCUCCACCCCAGGACAGUGUUCCUGGAAAAAGCAUUUUGCAUAAAUCAGCAAGUGUUGAUCAACCCGGGUCUAGUCCUAACAAGACUGCUUUGCCUGAUGAAAACUCCCCUUCGUCUACCAAUCCUGGUCCAAGUCACGUAAAUCAAUCAAUAACACAAUCGAUACGAAGGACCAGUAUGAAACCAGCCCAGAACCAGAUUCCGUAUCAGAACCAAAUGCAAAACCAGAUACCCAAUCAAAUGUCAAACCAGAUGCCUAACCAGAUACCUAAUCAGAUUCCUAACCAGAUUCCGAGUGGGCAGAUACAAUACUCGAAUCCGCAGACGUCAUUAGCAACCUCGAAUCCGUACCCGCAGAUGACCAACCAAUUACCACAAUCUCAGUACACGAAUAGUAUACCGAACCAGUUCCAACAGAAUCCACAACAGUUUUCACCGAAUCAGUACAUGCAAUCGACCCAAGGCCAGUAUCCUGGUCAGAGUAGCCAGUAUGGACAAUCGCAGUUUCAAAAAUCGAAUUCACAGGAACACUAUAAUAAUUAUGCACCUGCGAUGCCCACGUUGCAGGGGUACCAGAAUCAGUAUCAACAAGGUUACGCCAACCAGCAGAUCAUGUCUCCACUACCUCCUGUCUUGUACGAUCCCAUGAUGGGUCAAAUGAAUCCUUUCGGAUCACAACAUUAUGGUACGACAAUACCGAACCAGUAUGGACCUGGUCAAAUGAAUCAGUACAAUGCACAGCAGCUCUAUGGUCAACCGCAACAACAACAACAACAACAACAGCAAUAUCAAUCUGAUGGCCUCAUCGAUAGUCAGAGGCCAUCCAGUACAACUAGUUUACGAAGAAAUAGCAGAAUUUUAAGUUCUCAGGACAGACCAAACAUCGGUGGUAUUGGUCAAACGCUUAACGACAGGUUAGAUCACUAUAAAAGGCCACCGAGUAGAGACAGUUCCGUGGAUCGAUAUGCCAGAGCACACUCCAGGUUGACAGGGUCCAGACAACCGUCCGUCGACAAAGUAGCAUCUCCUCCACCUCAGGAUAUUCCCGACAGGUCGAUAAGAGGCCCCAGCACGGCUAGGGCUGGAACGCCUCUGAACGGAUCUUUGAUGGGAAACGGUGCCGCGACACCUAAUACCGCGACACCGACUACCGGUCAUUUUGAAGGAGCGCUGAUGAAGAACAAAAACCUCGGGCAAGAUAUCCUGCCAAGUCCUGGACAACCAAAGCGGACGGAGAGCUUAUAUGUGGCGCCUGUUCGUGGAUCGGCCGCUUCCGGAGGAACUAGUGGAGGCGCUGGGAUCAAGGCAAUGCCAGUGCCUGCUGUGUCCCUGCAACGAAAAAAAUCCCUGCCGGAUGUGGCCCAACCGAUUCUGCUGACUGCGACCGCUCCGUUGUCUAGGGAGGAAGUCAGCAUUCUGAGCAGCAUGAGGCGCGAGGAAAUUCGCAGGCAAAUCGACGAAAGCGAAAGGCUCCGGGCCAAUCCUCUGCUCUACUUAGUCAGUCCUCAGGUUAAAGACUGGUUCUCGCGGCAGCAGCUUGUAAUGCUGGUACUCUUUAUCAACAUAUCACUAGCUCUGAUGUUUUUUAAACUGUUGACGUAGCAGCCCGCCAACGACCGGAUAAAAUGUCGUGUGGUGGAUGUCACCUGAGAGAGACUCUCUGGGUGGCUACCCUUGGCAGACAAGUUUACCGCUGAAAACGGCUUUCGAAGUUUCAAACGACGGUCCAGCGACGGACCAGUGUCUUAGGGCACGUCAAGAGAGCGUCGAGGAAAAGGAUUAUUAUUAACAAAAGCAAUCAAGUGGUUCUAAAAAAUCCACCUCGGACAAGACAGAAGAAAUUGAAUGUAAUGUUUGAGGCGUUUGAGGCAGUAGAAGAAGACACAAUAUCCUUCAGUUGUCAUCAUUGAAGACGUCUACGUCUAAAAUUGUCUCAACGUCUCCGAGAAAAAAAAGUCUCAGAACAGGAGACAUUGCACAAGAAUCAUCUGUUCGCGAGCGCGAUAAUUUUUCCAAAUCGAGAGAAUGAGCACAAUUGCCUCGCAAUUGUUCCACUGUAUUUUGUACUCGCGGGGACAUAAAGCGCAACGCGAAGCGCGUCUCCCGGGCGCUGUAACAUACCUGCUAUUUUUACACUGAAUAUUUUAAUAAGAAUUGCAUAUUGUAAUCGAAAUCUCAUGACGUACGGUUCUGGUCGAUCGAGGGCGCUAUUAUAGCGUUCAGGGUGAAUCAAAAUAUGUAUAUCAAAAUUUAAAACAAAAGGUGCUUUGAAAAGUUUACUACUAGACCGCUCUGUGAUCGGUCCUUUGCUAUUUGUUUACUUGUAAGAAGGAGAUAAUGAUUAAUAAAGAUGUUUUUCGAUUCUUAAA